GAGCGAGAGAUCGGCGAAGAAAAAGUGGAUCCAGCGCUCAGAUUGCGCGGGAAUCGGAAGCCUCGCAUUCCCGCUCUUCUGGCUCGACCCAUCGUCGCCUUCGCUCGGCAGAGGGAAUUCGAAUUCCUGGCACAAGCUGGCUUCCAUGCCCGUGCCCGCCUUCCAGCUCGCUGAGUCAAGACUGUCAGCUCUGUGAAUGCCAUCGGCAGCUGAGAUUGUGAGUCCCAGGCCUUUCGGAUGUGGGUACCCAACUGCAUCUGCAGCAGCUGCAUCGGUUUUCUCUCGUCGAUUUGGUGAGGCUGUGAUUGUGGAGGUCCACUUCCGUUGCUUCUGUGGAGGGAUGACAUUCCUCCGCCGGGGUGAGUCUCUGCUGCUUGCGGUAUGAUCUGUGCGCCGCAGCCUCGCCUCGUCUACGUUGCAGGAGGAGAGGCUUCUUUCUAAGAGCCGGGAUUUUCGCUUGCGGUACCGUCACAGUGAAGCCUUGAUGAUAUGAUUCGAUCGUUUGGAGCCUUUUGCUCUGCACAUUGUCGCGCUUUGUCUCACGAGUCUUCUCGUGCCCGAAGACUGAUCCCCCUGUUUUGGGCGCAGGACUCAGGGUAGCGAAUUCGCUUCGGUUAUGCGCCUCGUAAGACCAACUUGACAUUGGCAUCGUCUGCUGCCUCUCGUAUCUCGACGAUUUUCCAGAUGGCUAGCGAUCAGCUCCCUGACAUGGGACCCUCACGUGAUGCCCUUGCUAAGGAGUGUGAGGAAGAGAUCGAAAGACUUGUGGACUUCUUCAAUGAGGAGCCCACUCUACAACUAAUUCCCAAGUAUGGGGUAUAUAAUGCAGGAAAUUUGAUACAGCGGAAAAAGGUGGCAGCUUACAUGGAGGACAGCAAUCGUCCUUAUUCUGUACUGGCGAACGAGAUAGUUGAAAAGCUUGGUAGCGAAGGUGAUCAGGCUUCUCUAGCAUCUAUCAGAGCACUCGUGCUCGAAAUUGGGUUGCGUGUGUGUUUUGGAAUCUCCAACAAGGAUGCAGAUCCUCUCGAGGACAACAACGCUGCCAGCCUUCGACGCUGGGAAGUGAGGGAGUGGAAGCUGAUCGCCCCAGUAUACAGGGAAGAAGUGUCUGAACGAAGGCGAAGGAGGAGGAGAAUAAUGGAAAGGGUCGCCGGUCUCAAUAGUGCAGUGGAGCUACUCAGAGCCCCGAACCAGGUCGAUGACAGCGAGGUGGCUGUUCUCAAGGCUAGGGAAAUUCUUCGCAGGAGUGAUGACGAGGCUACCCUCCGAGCUGCAAGACAUGAAUGGCAGCUGAGGAAAUGUAGUGCUCCUUCCGCCCAGCUGCCCGAAUCUCUGACAGCCUCCGAAUCAACAAAUGCCGCCCAAGAGAGCGGCAAGAAAAGGAGGAGGUCCGAUCCCGAGGAGAGACAGAGAUUGAAGCAGGAGAAGCUGUUGAAGAAACAGCGGAUUGAGGAAGAGAAGGAGCAAAAACGGAGGGAGAAAGAGGGAGCCGAGAAAGCUGAUAAAGAGCUCAGGCGCAAGGAGAGAGAAGACUUGGAGAAGAAAAAGUUGGAAAAGGAUGUCGACCGAGAACAAAGGCGGAAGGAAAAGGAGGAGAUCGAGCGAAAGAAGCUCGAGAAAGAAGCCGAGAAGGAACUCAAGAGGAAGGAGAAGGAAGAGGCCGAGAAAAAGAGGCAGAUGUCCUUGAAAAAGCAGGCCAGUUUUAUGGACCGGUUUCUGCAAGCUAGGAAGAAGGAACAGAAGGAGCAAGCGAGUCAGGAGAGUAGCGACUCGAGUGUCAAAUGCCCCUCGCUAGUCAGCGAAUCCGAAGGAAAAUCUCACAUUUCAAGCGUGCAAGACACAGAAGUGAACGACAUCGUGACUAGAAUGGACAUGAUAUUCCAAAACAACGAGGAUUUCGAUCUCGAUAAUCUUAAACAUCAGCACAUCAGCAGCUGGCAGAAAGCUCGUCGUUUGAUGUCGUCUGUGAGACAUCCGGGGUGGGGUUCUCGUCGUAAGCCAAAAGCUUCUGUUGUCCGUGAGCUGCGGCUGCAAGGAGCCAACAGCAGCCCAGAUGUCACUAUGAAGAAAACGGAUGGAGCAGAAGGUGCUGCGACCUCGAGUCCGACUCACUCCUCUCCUCAGAAACCGCGGGCUCAGUCGGAACCUGAUGCUCUCGAGGAUGUUGACUGGAAGGAGAGUCUCCCUGAGUCUGGGCCCAGUACACCUUCUUCUGAAGCCAAGAAGCUGAUCUCUGACAGGUAUCUCCAAUUGCGCACCAAGAGGAAAAAAUUGCUGCAGUUCGACAAGAGUCACCGGCCUCCCUACUAUGGGACCUAUUCUAGGAAGAGUAACUUAAUCAAGGCCCGGAAUCCUUUCAAGCAGGACCCGAUGCUGGACUAUGAAGUGGACAGUGACGAAGAAUGGGAGGAAGAAGAGCCAGGAGAAAGUCUCUCAGAUUUUGAGAACGAGAAAGACGAAGAUGAAGAAAGAGUCGAGAACGAUGAAGACGAAGACAGCUCGGAUGAGUUUAUGGUGCCCGAUGGAUAUCUGUCUGAGGGUGAAGGAGUGCACAUGGAAGGUGGAAGAGCAGAAACAGGAGGCAGCGGUGCUUCUGAUCACUGUCCUUCAGCUGGACAAUGUGGCCCUGAGAAUCCUCCCAGCGUCGUUUCUAGGGAACACCUUCGUAAGAUCCUGGAUAAGGCAACCGAGCACGCGCUCCGGACCAAUCGUCCUCUCAUUAUCAACAACUUGGGAUGGGAUUCCGAAGAAAAACCUCUCCAUGUGACUCCUCCCACUAGAACAGAAUCUCUGAUUUUAGAAGCACUUAGAAUUCGGGUUCUCUCUUCCACUACCAUCGGUGUCUCCUGAGGCUUCACCUCAAAUUUCUGUCAGGCGAGUAUGGCUAUCACCUCCUCCCGAGCCUGGGCCACACGGCUCCCCAUGCCCCGACUCAAACUUUAAAUUUGGUAUUUAUCUUGCUCUUUGCAGUUGGUCGGCAGAGAACUUCUCUUACCAUGACAAAAUUUGCACCCUCACAGAAACCUUCAUCUGGCUUCCUGCCUAAAAGCUCGAGAUUAGUCAAUUCGAGUUCGGUCUCAGUCAUGGAUGCGACUGAUAUGGAAGUUAGAGAAACAUAGGCUCGGCUGCUUAUCAGCCACUGAGCAUUGAGCUCAUAUACGUUCAUUGAGAUUCAUAUCCGGUCCGAAAGAGAACCGCUUUGUGUACAUAUAAUAAAAAAAUUCGGAUUUUCC